AUGUCUACUACCGGCGGGCAUACCUACAGCAACAUCAGCGCAACAGAUCAAAGCCGUCAACACAACGGUGAUAUCUACCAGUAUGGUAAAGACCGAAAAGACAAGAUCCUCAAAGCUCUCAAGUUCCACGGCAUGGAUAGCUGGAAGCACAGACCUUUGGAGGCUAUGGAAGGCACGUUUCAGUGGAUCCUUCAUGAUCUACCACGCGGUCCGCUCAUUCUACCUCGAAGCACUGGUAUACCGAGAAACUCCUGCAUCACUACGGAAGACCUCGUCACAAAUCAGCGCUUGCAAGAAGCCGCAGAGGCCAAUAAAUUGCAAACUUGGCUGCGAUCAACAGAAGCCGGCAUCUUCUGA